UCGGAUUUGAGCAGGUCUACUUCAACUGAAAUUUUUAAGGUAAAAGAAAAAAAUAAGUUGUGUGCAUUGUUUAGAUACAACAUGUAUAGAAAACAACUGCAUCACCGCUUGUUAUUGAAUAUAAAUUAGGUUUUUAGUGAAAAUUCCACAUUCCAGGAAGCCCUUUAAUGCAGCAUCCUCCUGGUCUGUGCCAAUGAGUAAUAAUAAUAAUACCUCGGACUUGCUAUCAGUGGUGGAGAAGAUGCUACCCUUGAAGACGCCUCGGUUGAACAAACAUGCAACCCACGCGUGUCGUUUCUGAACGAUGCGCCCCUCUGUUUUAGCUCCACGCGGCCACUCCGUGGUAAGAAAGGCGGUCCGGAGCGCAGGCGGCGGGGGAUAACGGGACGCAGCUCGAGAGGCUGCGGCGGCUCGGUCCGCUGGGCCGGCGGUAAACAGAACCCCACGGUGGCCUGUUGUCCCUGCGUUUCCGUGGAUGGGGGUAAAAACACGGCUGGCGGCUGCAGGAGGCUGAAAAUAGGCGGCGGCGGGAGGAGGAGGAGGAGGGGGGGACAUCCGAGUCAGAGGCAGGUGGGCCAGAGAUGGGAGACGCAGCGCUCCGAAUCCAUCCGCCCCAAAGCUCGGAGCAUCGCCCCGCAGGAGGACGCACGGCUCCUUUUUGACGCUGGCCGUCUGAACCGGUGCUGGAGUCUGUUCUCAAAUCCUUGGCGGACAUGUCCUUCGCCAUGGAGGACAACCUGGAGUCGGGAUGGGUAGCCGUCCGACCCAACGCGUUUGAGGAGAAGGAGAAGCACAAAUUUGUGUUUAUCGUGGCCUGGAACGAGGUGGAGGGGAAAUUUGCCAUUACGUGUCACGAUAGGACGGUUCAGAGGCGAAGCCUGGGCAGGGAGCCUCCUGCGGGACCGAGCGGCUGGGACGGGGACAAAACAAGAUGGCCCGAGAGUCCUGUCGGGGAGAAAGCGUGUCGGAGUCCGAGCAAAGGCGGCAGCCCUAAAGCGAAGUCCGGCAAACAGGCGCUCCGGACGGGAGAGGAGCAGCUGCGCGCGUCGCUGGACUCCCUGGAGCUGGAGGAGCUGGACGGCCCGAGCAGAGAGCACUGCAGCUGGGCAGGGCUCUUCUCCUUCCAGGACCUGCGGGCCGUCCACCUGCAGCUGUGCGCCGUCAACUCGGUCCUGGAGCCCUGCCUGCCGGUGUUCCCGGAGGAGCCGGCCGGCGUGUGGACGGUCCUGUUCGGCCCGCCGGAGGUGCCGGAGGCGGAGAUGGACGAGCUGUGCCGCGGCCUGCAGGUGUACCUCGGCCACGCGCUCGACACCUGCGGGUGGAAGAUCCUGUCGCGGGUUCUGUUCACGGAGAACGACGACCCGGACGAGUACUACGAGAGUCUGAGCGAGCUGCGGCAGUCCGGCUACGAAGAGGCCGUGAGCCGCGCGACGAGACACCUGCAGGCGCUGCUGGACAGACACAAAUCCACGGACAGCAUGGUGGAGCUGCUGGAGUUGUAUGAGGAAGAGGACCGGGCCUACGGAGGUCUGCUGGAAGCGUCCACACAGCUGUACCAGUACCUGCUGCAGCCCUUCAGAGACAUGAGGGAACUGGCAAUGCUGCGCAGGCAGCAGAUAAAGAUUUCCAUGGACAAUGACUAUUUGGGUCCCAGACGGAUCGAGGCGCUAAGGAAGGAGGACACGGACUGGCAGAAGAAAGCCCAGGAGGCGGUCCUCAGCAUCCAGGAGUUCACCGUGAAAUACUUUGAGAUCACUGCCAGAGCCCAGAAAGGGGUGUACGAGCGGAUGAAGGUGGAUCAGCGCAAAUUUGGGAAAUCCUCUUGGACAGCAGCGGUGGAGCGCAUGGAGAGACUCCGCUACUCUGUGGCCAAGGAAACCCUACAGCUGCAGAGAGCGCGGGAGAUCUGUCUGGAGCAGAGGAAGCACACACUUCGAGAGCAGAUGCAGAGUCUGUGUAGCAGUGAGGAUGCCAUGGCCCUCUUGGACCACAUGGAGACGCAGUACUAUGAGCUCCAGCUCCAGCUGUAUGACAUACAGGCUGAGAUACUGCAGUGUGAGGAGCUACUCCUCACUGCACAACUGGACAGCAUUCGCAGGCAGAUGACAGAGCGUCAGGAUGAGGUGGUGUAUUAUGACACCUUUGAAAGCGCCGACGAUAUAACGCACGAUAACACCGGAGAGAAAGAGGAGCUGCGCAGACUUCAGGUCAGCGCUCGACAGCUUGAAGCCAGAAGGGGGCGCAUCAGUGCCAAGCGAUCCUACCUGCGCAACAAAAGGGAGAUCUGCGUAUCCAAGCACACUCAGAAACAGCAGAGACGUCACAGCAUCCUCAAGGACCCGUUUUCCCACCCUGGCUUACAGCUCGGAAACCAAGAGGAGGAAGACGAGGAACUGAAGAGUAGCAGAGUUAGUCAGGAGAGGCAAAGGACUCUGGACAGGCUGCGCUCCUUCAAACAGCGGUACCCGGGUCAGGUGAUCCUGAAGUCCACUCGUCUCCGGGCGCCCCACGGCAGAAGGAGGGAGCGAGGCAGAGGCGCAGACGCGAGCGGCGCAGGCGGGAGGGAGGAGUGCGUGGAGUCGGUCAGCGUGCAGACCCGGGACCAGCCGCUGUGUCUGAGCACCAGCGUGCAGACGGACCCCAGCGCCACCCUCACCACUCAGCCCGUCGCCACUCUCACAGCAUCCGUUCCUCCUCUGCCCGUCGCCAGCCCCGCAGAUUCCUCCUGCUCCCCCUGCUCCCUCUCCUCCCUGCUGGCAUCCCCCAUCUCCCCUCCUCCACCUCCCCCGCCACCGCCUCCACCACCGACGAAGGAGGAGUCCUCUCCUUCCAGCAGCGUGGCUCAGUACAGGCCCAAGGCUGAAGGGAGGAGUGCGGAAGAGGAGCUAAUGCUCUCACCGCUCGGUCCUUUCAUCCCUCGCUUUUUUGACAGCAGCCAGCUGGUGAGCGCACGCAAGAAGCUGAGGAAGACGCCGGAGUUUGACUCCCACAGCAGAAGAGUGAGCUCACCUAUGGACGAAGUGCUCGCCUCCCUAAAGAGAGGCAGCUUCCACCUGAAGAAGGUCGACCAGCGCGCGGCUCCGUCCGCCAAGGACGACGACGACGACGACCCCAACAGCAUCCUGGCUCAAAUACGCAAGGGGGUCAAACUGAGGCGCGUCCCCUGCAAGGACAGAAAGGACCUGGGAGAGCUCCCUGCGUCCACCGACCCCUUGACAAGGAGCAUUCACGAGGCGCUGCGCCGGAUCAAGGAGGCCUCGCCAGAGUCCGACUCAGACGAGGACGGGCUGACGGCCCCUGACUGGGAAAGCUAGGCUUCACAGGAAACCCCUCACUGACAACACACAGAGUUUUCUGCACUCUGCACUGUAAACACGCACGUUCACUCAUUACCUUGGUGAUUAAGCCAAGUCCAGUUAUCACCAAAUGCUCCAGCGGCUUUAGUUUGGUUUGUUUUUUUUGUUUUUUUGCACAACAUACACCAUCAUGUAGAAGAUGGUCUUUUUUUUCAGGUUUUUUUUUAUCUGUCUAAUCACACUGACCUGAUGCUAUGUUUAUUUUUUUUUUCAUGUGUCUAUCACUCGUACUGUCAAAGGUCUGCACUUAACACUUGUCACCGAUGCACUGAACCGACUCUCUUAGUGGAUCUGACACGCGUCGCGUGGGUAGUUUCGUAGAACCGGGAGCCGUGGGAUUGCUGUGUUCACCCAGGGGGCUUUGUGAAAGAGAGACAGCGAGGGCAGCGGAAAAAAAACAAAAAAAAAACAUGUUACGAGUAUGCAGGGUAAUCUGGGGGGUUUAUAGGAGAUAUAAAAAAUUAAUACAUGAUUACACAAAGCCUCAGACUGGGAUUAUUGGAUUUACUGUCCAUAUUGUAAACCAUUACACCAUCAAACAUCGCCUUCUUGCGCGUUUUUGCACCCUCUAAAAACUGCUGGGUGAAAAACAACUCAGUUUGGGUUGUUUUUGCUAAUCCAGUCCGGGGUAGAAGUUGCACCGAUCCGGCCAUGGGUUGAUUUACCACAACAGGGCGGGAGCAACGGGUUUGAGACAGCUUACAAGUGACUGAUGUGCAAUGUUAGGGCUACCAAAGAGCGGGUUGAAAAGAAUAAGCCAUAACAAAGGCAGAUAAAGUCUGAAUAUGAAAAUGAAGCAUCCAUCCCUCUUCUACAACCACCCAGACCUUUCAGACGCCGUCAGGUCUGGAGGGCAUCGCUGAGGAUCAACGGGAUAAAAUCAGGGCGAAACAGCCUCACAAUGAACGCUUUACUGACAAUCAGUUCAAUUUGGAGAACCAAAUACUCAAUAUAUAACAAGAUA